AUGCCACCACCAACCUCAAAGAAGCUCAAGUCUGGACUUCACCAAACCCAGCAACAUCAGCAGAAGAACCAGCAAAGUACUAUUCAGUCUCAUCACCGCAAACAUGUUGACCCACUUCGCUCUACCAAACCAAACACCAGAAUCUCUACUCAAGAGUCGGCCAUGCUCCCAUCUAACCCAUCAGCAUCCCACUCAUCUUACGAUGAUGACGAGGAAGUAGCAUCCAAGAACCCUGUAAAUCACGAUGCCGCAACUAAAGCAAGAGGUCAUUCUCGAAGCAAGGCGAAAGCUCGCACGUUCGGACGCGCAAAGCAGCCUCCACUCGCCAACAUUGUUGAGGAUAUGGUCGAUGCUCACCGCAAACGCCACAAAGUGUCCAAAUCUAAGGUGCGCAACUCCUACGCCGAGACCGCGUCCGCGGUCAGGGAAUCGAUCGUCUCCUUCUUCGCGGAGCAUCAGCGGCAAACUGAUGACCUCCACCGCACCCAGAUGUCCCGGCUGCAGAAGCUGAUGGACGAGAAAGCAAAGGUCGAGCGGGAGAUGCGCAGGCUCGUCGAGGAGCAGAGGGCGAGGUACGCGAACUAUGCCGACGACCUGGAGGCUGUGGUCAGUGAGCGGGCGAGGCAGCUGAGUUGAGAGAUGUGGUUUGCUCGAACAGUGAGACGAGUAUGUUCGACAAUCGAUGAUCUGACUGUUGUGAAUGGGGUGGAG